GCAGCAGCCAUCACUCGUCUUUGUUAUCUUGUCAAGCCCAUCAUUGAUACUCGUCCCAAGUCCAGUCCAGCCUCCAGCGCCUAUGGUUCGUGAACGUCAGACGUCAUCUCCGUAGCAGCGCUUCGCAUGUCAUGCUGCGCGGUACCAGCUGUCUUGCCUGUCAGAAGGGCAAACGCAAAUGCGUCCGUUCCAGCUACGAUGAUCCUCGGGGCUCUCCAGGGCCGUCUGACACCUCAGACACUUGCGACAGAUGUCAGAGACUCGGCCUCAGCUGCUCUCUCGUCUCUCGGCAGCAAUACACCUCCUCUCCUUCUUCAUCGGGAACACCGGCCGCUCGCAGGACCUCGGACGGGGGAGUCACGGCUGCAGAGACGGAGAUGGGGGGCCAGGUAGUUGGACCUAGGAGCGGACAGGGUAGGACGAGCGUCUUUUCUCUCGCAAUGGCGGGAUAUCCAACAGUGCUCAACCAGACUCAGCCAGAUCGCAAGGGCGAUGGUGCUGGGGCCUCUUACACACUAGCCGAACUUCGUACUUGCCUAGGCGAAGUGGGGAUCCGGAAGAUUUCAGAUUGGGUCGCAAAUAAUCUCAUUCCCUUGUGGCCAUUGUUGCCUACGCCUGAACAGCUACAGAAUCGGCGUCUGUUGCCCUCCACUCUUCCGAUCGAAAACGAAUCUGCAGCUCGGCUACUGGAGAUAGUGCAAUACAUUGCCGCUGCUCGUCACUUCGAGCACACCCUCGAGGAUGAGUCGCUUACAUACCCCGCCUGGGAGGGCGUCCUGCACAUCUUCAAAACGGCCCUUGCCGAAGUUGUACUUUCCGGCGUCAACUCCUGGGAUGCCUGUCUUGCUCUUCAGGUGGUGUCUGUCUUUCGUAUGAGAGAACUGAAAGGUUUUGAAGAUAUGCCUUUCUCUCUCCUCCACUCUGCUCAGUGGGCAGCGGACAAUUGGCGGUCAGGUGGUAGGCUGCAGAAAAGCGCAACACCGACUGUGGCGAGCCAUAAAUCCCCCUGGUUCGACAUCUUAUGGGCAUGCAGCUCCUCGUGGCAGUUGUCCUUCUGCCUCGGAACCGCUGAGGGACAGAAUCUAGUGGAGCCUCAGACUAUGCCAACAGAGGUUGAUAUUGAGAUGCUCUCGUCACAAUGUCUCCUCGCCACUGCCCUCUUGGCAUCAGAUCGACAUGCAGAACGGAGAUUCCACGGCCUACAGCUCGUCUUAUUGCGAGGAUCUAUACUACCACCGGUCAGAAGCAUUUGGACAGCACUGCACGGCGAUAACAGCGACUCCUCAACACUAGGCUGGGCUCUCUCUACCUGGAAGAAGGAGGAAGAAAGGUUGAUGAGUGACACAUCUUUGGGUCUGACGGGUCACAGUGAGCCGACUGAUUUGAUCUUGACAGAGAUCAAGUUGGUCGGUGUCGUCGUCGAGGGGCGAAUCCUUCGCGCUAUGGCGAGCCGACAUGCCCAAGCGGUCAAGUUCUUCGAACGAGUGUCCGAGAUCGGUGCAAGCGCAGCUCAGGCGCGCAUGCUCACUCUCUGUCUUCCCUCCUCGGACGCAUCUUCGGCCUUUUCUGCAGCUCAAGAGCUCCUAGGCACAGCAGCUCGACCGCUCGCACAGCCGUCAGUAUCCACUGUUCCUCACGAUCUGCGAAUGCCACCGGAGAUGACCCUGGGCUGCCUCUUCUCCGCUGCCUCUGUACUCCUUGACCUGCACGUCCCGAUGCUCAGAUUGUCGUACAUCACAAAAGACACAAGUGCCGCUUCGGCAAUGCAGAUUCACUUCGCUUGGCAGCUGCUCUGCGGCUGCAUGUUGGAUGAAGAGCGAUCAGGAGUCGAUUUUGAUAUAGCCGCACGCUGUAGAUCGAUUGCGGCAGCAGCACCCCCUCCAGGCUUGGGCGACUGGGAAACAGGCGGAAUACUGUGAGGGCGAGGGCACCGCCCAUGGCUACUAUGGAAGACAAGGAGGGAGGGUAUCGGGAACUGAAUCAUCCUUUAGGCGACUUCCCUCCGUCUACGCUAGGGGCCACUGCUGUCUCUACAUCUGCGUCGGAGUCAGCAUCAGCUUGAUGACUCUUGCUGGGUG